AUGGCAUAUUUAGGACCACAUUUUCAUCCUAAUAAGAUGAAACAUGGUGCUCCGGGAGAUCAAAUUCGCCAUGCGGGUGACCUGGGAAACAUAGUUGCUAAUGCAGAUGGAGUUGCAGAAGCAACCAUUGUUGACAAUCAGAUACCACUGAUUGGCCCCAAUUCAGUAGUUGGAAGAGCCUUGGUGGUUCAUGAGCUUGAGGAUGACCUUGGAAAAGGUGGGAAGGAACUCAGCUUGAGCACUGGAAAUGCUGGUGGAAGAUUGGCAUGUGGGGUUGUUGGUCUGACUCCAGAGUGAAAGCAACUCUAUGUUAGCAUAUCAAUUAUUAGCGUUGUUGAAUUAUCCAUGUAAACUAUGAAACAUGAAUGCAUGAUGUCCUUCCAAAACACCUGGAAUUAUCCAUGUAAACUAUCCAUGUAAACACCUGGUUUUUUUUUUAUAUUUA